CAGUGAGACGUCGCCUUUACAUUAUUGCACCUAUUUAACAAAAUCGUAUUCACACAGUGUUUCUUGAGUGAUAUCAAGGAUUUUGACAGAUUACUUGUCAACUAUUCUUAAGGAAUUUGAGAGAUGGUCGGUGGAGGAUGUUGAACGGGUUCAAGGGGUAGUGGAGAGUGGCGACAAAUCAAUUGUGGAGUCUACGAAUUUCAUUGAAUUUUUGUGAUGUGAUUAUCGCCGAUUCAGCGAUUCUUUGGAAUAAUUGGUUUCAUUUCUGUGAAAGUGAUUUUGACAGUGUAAUGUGGAUUCAUUUGACAUAUUGGAGUGAGGAUUAAUUGGUGUGAUUGUAUGUCCUUAUUCUUGCAGAUUAUUCUUAUUAUAGUUGAUGAAUUGUACUUUAAUCAAAGUGGAGUUAAUAGUUAAUGAGCAUUCUAAACUAACCGUCAAUCCGUGGGCUGACUGACAUUGAAGGAGCUCAAGGAAGGGUGUUAUUGCGUUGAUGUGGCGGCAACACUGCGCUGAAAGCCCGCUGCGCCACCUCGAGUGCCGAAGUCCAACGUCGCACUUGAAGUCUCGCCGUGAUGGAAUUGUUGGGAUUUCUAAAAGUCGCAUGUUAUGCACUGGAACUUCUAUAAACUUACGCCUUCGGAGUUUUGGAUUCUUAGAGUUUGCACUUAUGAAAGGAAAGAGUGAGUACGCUGACUCAGUAAGAGAUGAGUAUGGAGCAAUGGUGGCGCGAAAUACUAUUGUGCAGGAUCCUCACGGAUUGGAGAUAGAGACCGAACGAGGUUAGAGAGAACGGGCUUAAAGGGAAAUUCUGAUAAUGGGACAACGCUUCCCAUGCAGGCAGCGGCCACUUACGAAGGACUGAGGGCAGCUAUAAAACUCAGCAUUAAACAGGGAAUAUCAUAAUAUACGGUGAUGAUGGGUAUCGGUUGAACACACUUGACAUCGAGCAGGCGGUCAUCUUCAAGAUGCCAAUUUUUUCGAAGGUCUUACUGAGCCCACUGCUGCUAAUAUUGAUCAUAGGUAGCAGUCUGGCCUUUAAUACCCGUCAAACAGAAUGUGCAUUUCCAGUGAAAUGGGAAGGUACCUGGUUCCAAAGUGGUGUGAGGCAACCAAUACUCAUAUCCAAAAGUACGCUGUCCAGCAAGGGCAAAUGUUUAAGGAACGAAGGUGAUAAGUUCCUCGUCGUGGACGAAAAAUCAUGCUACAGAUGUGUUGUGAUACAUGAGAAGCACGCCAAUGUUCUGCAGUACAAAGAGACAUUUUGUCACCCGAGAAGCUCCUUGACGCUGCUGUGCUCAUACAUAACAGGAGAUGCUUUACUCUACUCGAUGUUUCGAGAGGAAGCAACGGCGGUGCCUUGUCCUUUUCGUGGCCCAAUGACAUUCAUGUAUAAUCGAGGUCACGGUACUUGUUCAAGUCCGCUCAGCAAUGUUGACACCUGUACAGAUGACAGUAGAUUACUAUUUAGGUAUCAGGCUUGUCCAGAUGUACCUGCUUCAGAGAGUGCAGUGGAGGAAUUGGAGUGUCUUGCAACGUGGAAGGAGGGUAGCAGUCGUUAUCUGGUUGGUCGAUUGCAUCAUGGCCAUGCGUCGAGCAAUGAGGAACGUUAUCGAUGCUUUGUUUAUGAACGUGCAGGACAGACUGUUGGUGGUAUGGGUAGACCUGUUCUGGGAAUGGCAGCUAUUGACCACGAGGUUGGGAUGCCGCCGAGUGGUCCAUUACCAGCUGGUAUACCUGAAGUUUAUCGCGUUGCCCAGAGUGGUGAUGCCACUUGCAAUGGUCUUUUCAGCCCUAUGGAGGGUUCACGUACGAUGACCUUGACAAAAGCUUCGUCACCGGGAAAGUGCAGGUUCCCAAGCUGGCUCACUGGUCACAAUAACAAUGGCCUCACGUGGCACACUCUGGAUCUUACUAGAUCUUACACGUUUCAUCUGCGAAAUGCGAGUUUGCAUGUAAUAAGGUCAAAUGCUACUAGGUACGACAUAGCAUUCCUGGAUUUUCAGGAUAUUAUCGAUGACCAGGAGGAACAGGACGUCAAAAUAUUAUGCAACAGUAUCAAACAGAUGAACCCAACGCAAUCUACAGCAAUGAUUGUGGCACAUUUUACUGUUGGAUGUCGAAGUGGAUACUUGUGCAUGACUUUCUAUAGAAGAGAUGGUCAUGUAGCAGAAGUGCAAACCGGGCGAGAAGUGUCCAGGGCUGAAGAUGCCUGCAGUGCACCACAUUAUCAAUCACACAGCGUGCCCUACCUCACAUUAGUCACGAGCUCACCGGAGCCUCGUCAGUGUCCUUACCUCGGAAAAUUUACAGUGACAAGUGUCAAUCGAAAUCAACGGAACAUUCGCGAGGAUCAUCAUACGUCAGAUGAUAAAAAAGAUGAGAGUCGGAUUAGACACUCUGACGAUCGUAGAGGACAUGCAUUCGAUUUCGAUACUGGAAAAAAGAGGGCUAACAAUGAGUAUCUGAGACAUGAGACGUCCGGGAGAGGAGUAAGGUCAGAAAGAACAAGUCGAGCACAUGACUCAAAGGUUGUGAAAAGAACGAGAAGAAAAUCUAGAUCAGAGGGACUUGAUGCGAUCAGUAGAACCCGGUGGAGUCCGGUAAAUGAAGACUUUAAUAUUAAUCCUGAAAUCCUGGGAGGGAGUCACAAAUUCUCAGAUUUUGAGGAUGAAUCGACUAUGAUUCAAAUACAGGACGAUUACUUUGGUGAUUAUAAAAUAGAGAAACCUGAAAAAAGAUCCAAUUAUCUUUCUUAUGAAGACAUUUUGAGAUUUAGAAAAGAUGUUGAAAGUGAUAACUAUGAUGAUGACUUUCUCGAAAGAAGAGAAAAACGAGAAGAGGAGAAUACAGAAUGUACCUCGGAGGUAACGACUUUAAAUGUCGGAUGUUCAACAGCUGAUCGAAUGGAAUUUCAGAAUGACUGUAUAGAUGAAAAUGACGCGAUUACCGCUUAUUCAUGUCAUGGAAGAUGGUUCGAUGCUGAAGGUACGCAGUUUGUGAUAGCAACUCCGCUGGCACACAGAACCUCGUGGCCAAAUGAAAACAAUGAGCCCCAGGCAUUUCAUAACAGUAGAAGAUUGUGCUUCAUGUACCGUGAAAAUGGUGGUGUCGUCAGUCUGACUGCUAGUACAAUCGCAUGUCAGAGAGAAAUUCUUCCAUCGCCACCUAUGCUAGCAUUUAACGCUACCAGUAUCGGACAAUGUAUGGAGGAUAAUGGCAGUCAAUGUGUGCAUUCCAUUCAUCUGCUCAUCAUGAUUUUCGUCACUGUAACACUCCAAGUACUCAGGUGAUUCUGAUAGUGACCCACUAUUAAAAAGGUCUUUAAACAAAAAUAGAAACAAUUUUUUUAACGGAAUAUGGAAAAUAUUCCAAUGAGGUUUUUGUGACAGCAGUGCUUCAAAAGUGGCGGAAACCGUGUUUUUCUACCCAAAUGAAAUAAAAAAAUCUCCAGAAGUCAGUCCCCAUCGUACUGAAAAUUUAAAAUUAAGAAAAAAAAAUUUCACUAAAUAGUUCAUAUCAAAGGACAUGAAAAAAUAACACAGAAAAUCGUGUGAAACAGCAAGAUAAUUGCCUAUCAAAUAAGACAGUGAAAAAGAAUGAAUAAAAAAUUACAGAAUAUAUAUGCGAGCUGCUACUGUGGGGUUUUUCACUCGACAGAGAAAAUAUGAACUCAACACCUGUGACAAGUUUUCGACUUCAGAAAGUAUGCAAUACCAGAUCCAAAAUGCGGGAUCGUGUGAAACCAUACACGAACCAUCAUUGGAGAAUAUACAUGAAAAGGUCGUAUGAUCGGCUGUCAAUAUGUUAAUAAUAGUAAUGUAGAUAAGCCAGUAAGUCUAAUAGUGAAACAAAAAUCAUAAGAAUCAGAAUAGUAAGAAUGCCAACAAUGAAGAAUCUAACACGCGUGCAUUAAUAUGUAUGCGUUGAAAUGUAUUCAAGGUGUAUGUGAUUGAAUAGAAUACAAAUUCGGAGACGGUAAAUAAUCCAAUAAAAAGAGAGUGUACCUUCGGAAGAAUAAAUGGACAAGGAAAAAUAAGAAAGAAUAGUCGAAAGAAGCGGAAAAGGAAUAGUCUGAAAAGGAUUAAAUAAAGCAAAGCUUCCUGGUGAUGAGGGAUGCAUAUAAUGUAAAUUGCUGUAACUGUGAUCAAUUUAUUGCACAAGAGAGAAAUGAAAUUGCAAUCAGAAUAAACGAAAAUUCGAUUUUCAAUAAAUGUUUUCUUAAUUUUGCCUAGCUAUUCCGAUUCUUCUGUAACAGAAAAAAAAGUUAUUCGGAUUUUUUUAAAACGCAAUUUCUUAGCGCAUAGUGCUAAGAAAUUCAUAUUUUUAGUCGGUAUUUGGGCUA